AACUCUGCUAAUAUUUAACAGGAACCUGUGCAAGCUACAUUUUCUUGCUACCGGAGAAGCCCAUUUGACUCGAUGGGAGACCAAAGGAAACAUCGGCUACCAUUUUACACCUUUCUUUUCAUUACAUUCGGGCAUCUUAUCACAUCACUGUCUCCUCCACCAACAUUAGCUCCUCUAUUCCAUAGGCCUUUUGUCCUGUUAUGGAAUGCUCCCAUUUCUAAAUGCCAACAGCUGAAGGUCCCUCUAGAUUUAUCGCUGUUUCAGGCGGUCACCACACCUGCCAGGGAACGCAAUCAAUCCCUUACCCUGUUCUACAAAAAUCGAAUUGGGCUUUACCCCUAUGUAGACCUCCAGUCCUUGAAAGAGUAUAACGGUGGCAUCCCGCAGAGGGGCAACCUGUCUGCUAGUUUAGGGAAAGCUAAGGAAGAGUUUACCCAAUACAUUCCUGACUCAACCAGUGGACUUGCUGUGAUGGAUUGGGAAGAAUGGCUUCCAAUGUUCGACCGGAAUUUGGACGACAAGGAGAUAUACAAGGAACUGUCAAUCAACUACACCCUCACACAGAAUUCUUCCCUAGAUAUGCAACAAGCAAGAAGCGAUGCCAAACGACAAUUCCAGAAUGAAGCCAGAUGUUUCAUGGAAAAAACUUUGAAAAUGGGGAUCGAUCUUCGACCUCUGCAACUAUGGGGCUACUACUUGUUCCCAGACUGCUAUAACUAUGACUUUGAGGAGUCAAACUAUACAGGAACUUGCUCAGAGCAAACAAAACAGUUGAACAACGAGCUGCUCUGGCUGUGGGAGGCCAGCACUGCCCUUUACCCAUCAGCAUACCUGCCGGUUUCUGUAAGUGGAAGCAAGAGCGCUGCACUGUUUGUUCGUCACCAGGUACAUGAGGCAACAAGAGUAGCAGCCCUGCCAAAACAACGCACUACUGCACCGGUCUACGUCUACCUACGGCCUCUCUUAAGAGACCAAAAGGAGCUUUACAUGAAUGAGAUUGAUUUGGUAAGCAGUAUCGGUGAGAGUGCAGCCCUGGGAGCUUCUGGUGCUGUGUUAUGGGGGGCUAGUGCUGAUUACAAAGACAAGAAAUCAUGUGAAGCCUUGUCUGCAUACCUGACUGAUACUUUAAACCCCUACAUUAUCAAUAUCACCUCUGCAGCCCAGCUCUGCAGCAAAAGUCUCUGUCGAAGCAAUGGACGUUGUGUCCGCAAAAACUACAACUCAGACGAUUAUCUCCACAUUAGUUCAGAAAGCCACCAAAUCAGUAGGAAAGAUGGGAAAUAUGUGGUCACUGGGACCCCUUCUCAAAGUGAUCUCACUUACUGGGAAAAAAAAUUUACUUGUCAGUGCUACGAAGACAGGAAGUGCACAGCUACGAUACCCUCUGUCUAACAGAAAAUUAUGUAGAAUAAGCAGACUAAUGUACUUAUAUUACAUUACUUCACUAAAAAGUAAGUGAAUAUAACAAACGGUAACUAAUUUGUAAGUAGAAUGCUCUAUUCUAGUAGGAUAUCAGCUGUAGUAACACUACCAUCUUUAAUCUUGGCUCACUAUUGAAACGUUUAGCUUACUUUUAAGCUAACUCAAGAAGACCUGACCUCAACAUGACCACUAAUGUAAUGUGUGAUUGUCACAGACUUCUAUUAUAGGCACAAAAUGUUAAUUCUUGCAUGAAUGAUAUUUACAGAGCACAUGAAUUUGUCUUUCUACAGUCUAAUAAAAGUGUCUAAUUAUGUCAAACUAUCAAACAUGUAAUUAU